AUGUUUACCCUUCUUCUUGCAGUUGCACUUUCUCAAGAAGCUCAGGCUGCAGCUCCAGCUCCAGCCCAGAAACAGGAAGAACAACCAAAAUUCUUCAAUAAGGACAAGGAUGUUAAGGAAGAUUUAAAGAAGAAAGUUGAUCCUUAUAUCAAGGCUAUUUCCAAGUUGGUUUCUGACAAGGUUGAUCUCUCCGAUUCCGGCCUUAACACAACUAAGAUCAUGGAGGAAUUCGAUGAAAAGGUUAACGAGAAGAUUGAUGAGUUUGCAGAAAAGCUCAAGAAAGACUCAAAGGAAAUCAAGCACAAGGCUAAGAAGGAACUCAAGAGAUUCGGAAAGAAGCUCGGCAAGAAGGCUAAAAAGGCUUUCAAGGAUCUCUUGAAAGAUGAAUAA